AUGCCAGCAGAUCGACAAGACCGGAAGACAUCCGGUGGCUUCCAAUUAUCAGAUAUACAACGCUUCCCUGUUAUAUCGACUGCGCUGCAUUUAAGAGUACGGGAUCGAAAACCCCCUCCUGUUUUCGACCCAACAAUAAAGAUAACGCAACGAAUCCACAAAUCGGAUAUCAAGACUGGUAGAGUGUUUUGUUGUACCGGGAUCCAACCAACUCUACUCUCCUGCUCUUUUCGACACCCUCAUCCUGCAGAAGCCAUUCAUGCUUUCGUAUUGAUAGAUUAUGUUGUCCUCUCUGUCAAUUCAAAUCCACGCUCCAGGGUUACGAAAGUUAUGCCAUGGCCAUGCGUACCCCUCUUGGGCUCACUGUGUUUUCUGCAGUAA